AUGGGUUAUAAAAAUAGUGACAACACUAAUAACAAAUUUUCCAGAAAAUCAAUGUCACCUUCCUUCACUGGUGGGAAGGGGAGGAAAACAGUUGGGAAGAAAGUGAAAAAGACUAUUCCUAGAAAAACUGUAACUUGGUCUAGCUACAAUGUUAAUUCAGAUAGUAAUGAAGAUAGUGAUGAAGACAUCGAAAAUGAUAGCGAUGAUGACGAUGAUGAUGAUGAAGAUGAAGAUGAAGAUGAUGAAACUGAGCAUCAUCAUCUUGAUGGGUUAUAUUCAUUAAUUGGCAAAAAACCACAGGAUUCAAGUAGCAAUGAUGAUGAUGAAGAUGAGAAGAAUAAUAAGAAUAUUUUCAGUUCAACUUCAUCAGAUGGGGAUUCCGAUGAGGCCAUGUUUAGCUCCUCCGAUGAUGAUUCUGAUGUUGAUUUUGUUAAAUUACAGGCACAACAAAAAGCACAUGCGUUAAAAGUGGCCCGAGCCAGAAAGGGAUUAAAAAGCAAACCAAAGAAUGAAAGUAAUGAUAACGCCAUUGCCUCGAGCUCUGAUUCUGAAUCUGAACCUCUAUCUGACUCUGACAAUGAAGACGAUGUUGCUAGUAUGAAAAAAUUGAAACCAAGAAAAACGAGUUUUUUAAAAUAUGGUAGAAGAAGGUCGGAUGCAGUUCUUCCCGACAUUAAUUUUAAAUUUGAAUUUGAUACUGGUGAGAAUGAGGAAGUAGAUGCAGAUCAUCAACAAACUCAUAUUAGAGAGCCAGAAGAAGAAGAUAUUGGUGAAGAAGUGGAUUACUCACCCGAGAUUCCUGUGGACUCAACCAAUGUUCCUUCUUUGGAAUUUGAAUUUGAUCAUCAUUUAAUAGAUGUUCCAAAAAUCAACGAAGAAGAGUUGAAUUCAGAUGAAGAUUAUGAGAUUGAUGACAAUGAGUUGCUAGCAACCUUGCAAGCUGAAAAUGAUGCAGACGAGUUUCUACCCCCAAUCAUUAAAGAAAACGACCAACCACAUCGUAAUGAUUCACUUAUUUCUUCUAGCAUUGAAGAAGAAGAAGAACGCAAUAAUGGAGAUGAUGACGAUGAUGACGAAAACGAUCCAUUUUUGAAAGAAGAAGAGAAAUAUCUUGUGAAUGAAUUUGAAACCAACGGGUUUGAUGAAAAUGAAAAUGAAGAAGAAGAUGAGGAUGAUUUGCACACUUUUGAUAGUGAUUUCUCAACUACUAAUCGCAUUGUGAAUUCUUUCAAAGGCAUUGGAGAAGAUCGUAGUAAACCUAUUGUUAAAUAUGAAAGCAGUGCUUCUGGUGGCAGUGAUUACGAUGAAGAUGAUUAUAUUGAUUUGAUCAACUUUGAUGUUCCCUUGUUUGAUGAUAAAAAUGGGAGUAUCGGUAAUGGAACGAAGAGUAGUCAUCAUAAAGGAGAUAGUGAUAAACUGAAAAAAGAUAAAAUAAAACAGAGAUCCAAUAGCAACCACAACAGUGAUGAAGAUGAUGAUUCUUAUUUAUGGAACUAUUUCUUUAGUUCUGAUAACGAAUCAUCAAGUGAAGAAGCUGACGAAAAAAACAACAACCCUAAACCAGUUAUCAAAAAUAGAAAAAACAAACAGAAUAAGAAGGCGUUGUCUACUAAAGCAAUUACUGGAGCUGAUGAAUUAUUUGAGCAAAUUGAAAACGAUAAUACAUUUAAGAGUAAGACCAAGCCUAUACAUCAUGGUAAUUCACUUUACAAGGCAUACAGUGAUUCACCAAUGACUAUCCAAGAACUUGGUGCUGGCCUUGGAGUAGGAUCUGAUGACGAUGAUAAUUAUGAUAGUAGUGAAUCUACUGAUGUUGAUGAGAGUUUACCGAAAUCAUCGUCAAACAACAGUUUGGUUGGAUCAUCUAAAAAGGCAACAGAGGUGUUAUCUUCGAAAACUGCUGAUUAUAGACCUCCUAAAUUGGGUUCAUGGGUUACUGUUGAUUGUAAACCAUUUGGAGUAAUUGAUGGAUUGUCAACAAGAACAUUGCAAUUGAAUAAAUCACAAGAACCAAGAAGUGCUGUCCAAAGUGGUGCUUCUCAUUCUACUAGCAUAGUGAAUUCACCAAAUGGAGCCGGUCUACCGACCACGUCAUCAAUGGCAUCAUCUCUUGCCACCAAUUCACGCAAGAGUAUAGUGGUUGGACCAACAAAUGCAUCACUGAUGAUAUCAUCUGACGAUCUGGCAUUGGGAUUAGAUGAAUUAUUAAAUGUGAGUGAGUUGGACAAUGAUGAUGAAAAUGAUGUGAAAAUAUGGCGAGAUUUCAAUAAUAAUCAAAAUAAGAAAAAGAUCCCCUUGGGUGCAUUCAGAAAUAAGUCGGUGCUAUAUAAUAAUCAUAUAUAUCAAGAUAAUGAUAAUAAUCAUCAUCUCAAUCAUCGUCAUUCAAAUGUUGACAAGAAGUUUAACGGUAGUGGUCACAUAAAGAAACAACAACCUAUACGUCGCCAAAGUCAAUCUAAAAUUGAAAGACGUAGGGCAUCAAUAGUUGAGGCAGUUUCUCAAGGGUAUAGGCCAACUAAGUCAGGGUUAUUCAGUGAAACAGCAUUGGCAGAUGUUGAAGAGUUGUUCGGAGAUGAUCGUGACUUGAUGGAAUUGAUACAAGGUUUAUAG